AGCGGGCGGGCAGUUGAGGUGUAGUAUCCCAGUGUGUGUGGUGGGAUAAAAUUUGCGCUCCUAGUUUUCCUUCUGACUGUCCUCUAACUGAAGUUUCCCCACCCCCCGUGCUCCCUCCGUCCCCCCCACCGCCCCCCGUGUUUCUGUGCUUAGCUUCAACAGCGACGGAAAAACCCAAGGGGAAAUUUUUGUCAGUCGAAGCAGGAAAUUAUUUAUAGAAGGUGAGGAAACAGCCUGUGGUCUUCAAAAUCGUUCAGCUCUCCUUCGGCCGAUGGAGGAAACCGCCAGUUUCAAGAGCAACGUGGAGGCGUGGGUGACCGGAAUGAUGAACGGGAUGGACUCUUGCACACAAAAUGGAACGGCUUCUUCAAAUUCUUCCCAAAGUGGACACAUUGAAGAGAGCAAAACCAACCUUAUUGUUAAUUACUUGCCCCAGAACAUGACUCAAGAAGAAAUCCGCUCUCUGUUUUCCUCAAUAGGGGAGCUGGAGUCCUGCAAGCUCAUUAGAGACAAAGUUACAGGAGUUUCCCAAGGACAAAGCCUCGGAUACGGAUUUGUGAACUACGUCAGGCAGGAUGAUGCAGAGAGGGCCAUUAACCAGCUGAACGGUUUACGCCUGCAGAACAAGACUAUCAAGGUCUCAUACGCCCGUCCCAGCAGCGAGGCCAUAAAGGGCGCUAAUCUGUACGUGUCAGGCCUCCCAAAAAGCAUGACACAACAGGAUCUUGAAAACAUGUUCAGACCGUACGGUUCAAUUAUUACCUCAAGGAUUCUGUGUGACAACAUUACAGGUGAGAUGCACUCAGGUCUGUCAAAAGGCGUAGGUUUCAUAAGAUUUGACCAGCGCAUUGAAGCAGAAAGAGCUAUACAGAAAUUAAAUGGAACAGUCCCUGACGGCGCGGCUGAACCAAUCACAGUCAAAUUUGCUAACAACCCUUCGAACAACAAUAAAGCUGUCCCGCCCCUCGCUGCCUACCUGUCCCCCCUCACCAGACGCUACGGAGGGCCUAUCCACCAUCCUGCAGGCCGUUUUCGCUACAUUCCUCUGUCUCCGCUAACAAGACAUAGUUUGGUGUUCCCACAAGUGAAAACAGUAGAUUCUCUACCGGACCAGCCAUCCGAACUGUCUCAAGAUAUGAAAACGAAGUUAGCGACACAAGGGGGCGCUGGAAGGAGGUCUCGGGACUCGCAAAUUUCCACCGGGGAUGAUGAACACGAGCAGAGGUACUCCCCCGGGUCCGGAGACAACCUGCUGGGCAACUCGCUGCUGCCGGGGAGCGCCCUCAACGGGUCAGGCUGGUGUAUAUUUGUGUACAACCUGGCGCCGGAGACCGAGGAGAACAUUCUGUGGCAGCUGUUCGGGCCCUUCGGCGCCGUGCAGAACGUGAAGGUGAUCCGCGACCUGCAGACCAACAAGUGCAAGGGCUUCGGCUUCGUCACCAUGACCAACUACGACGAGGCGGUGGUGGCCAUCCAGUCCCUCAACGGCUACACCCUCGGCAACCGCGUGCUGCAGGUGUCCUUCAAGACAAACAAGCACAAGAGUUAAGGCGCCCCCGCGCCCCCCCGCGCCCCACGGCCCUGCCCGCCCCCCCCGCCACGCCUCGAGUCCCCCCCCGCUGGCGGGCGAGGCCCCCCCGGCCCCCCCUAACGGCGUGGCCGACCCCGGUGGCCGCGUGCUAGUCAGGUGCAGAGGACCCGGGGCGCCCCACCUCGUCCCCGGCAGCGGGGCGGGGGCGGCUGCCCCGCCCCCGCCCCGCCACGCUCACAAGAGUCGCCGUUGCGGGGGGGCCCGCCGCCGCCGCCGCCGCCGCCCGCCCCCCGCCAUCCAAAUAUAUGUAUAUUAGAACGUACUAUACUACUACUACUACAACUACUACUACUACUACAAGAACUACAACUACUACUACUACUGCUACUACUCCUACUAUUACUACUACUACUACUACUACUACUACUACUACUGCUGCUCUACAACUGUCACUACUACUACUACUACUACUACUACUACCACCACUGUCACCACCACAAGUACUACUACUACUACUACUACUACAACUACUAUCUACCGCAGCUACAAACACUGAGCAAGGGUCAGCCCGGAGCAGAGGCCGCCGCAGCCCGCCAGGCAGGGGCUGCCGCGCCGCGCCGCGAGGACGUAUCACACGGUGCUAGUCGCACUCUAAGGCAGCAGCAGCAGCAGCAGCAGCGGGCCCGCCGCCGCCGCCGCCGCGCGCCGCUCACCGCUGAUAUCAUUACUGUAAGUCGUGAACAUGUCGAGUCCUCAAAACCUCGUGUGAAUGGCAGCGUCGCGGGCGGCGGGCGUGGGCGCCGCCCCCGCCCACGCCCGCCCCUCUCGGCUAUUAUUUAUUAAUAUUUAUCUCAUAUUUAAAGCUAAGUGUAUUUUUAUUGUGUUUACUAGUGUACACUUUGGUCAGGAGUGUAAGGGAUGAUUUCGCCAGUCAGUCAGUCAGUCAGUCAGUCAGUCAGUCAGUCAGUCCAGUCAGUUCGCCGAAAGGAGCUUCUUUCACGCCUUGGUUCGCUUGGCGCCGCAGCGGGCGACAGCCGCCGCCGCUGUGUGACGCCGCGCCGCAGCGCCGCGUCGCCUCCGCCGCAGAAUCUCAUCCUGGUUUUGUUGAGUUGCUUUGAAGGAGGAAGCAAGUUUGUGUUUAGUUCCGCGCGGUGACGCGUCGCGCCCCGGGACGUGACGCGCUGCGACGAGACAUGACGUGCCGGACGGCCGCGUGGCGAACGCCGCCGCGCGCUGCCGUUACCGCGCCGUCUUCGCCGCCGCCGCCGCCGCCGCCGCCAUCGCCGCCAUCGCCGCGAUUGGAGAAAAGGUGUUUUUGUUUAAUUUUCCAAUGUCACGUUUGUUUGUUUGUUUUGUUUGUGUACACACAAGAUGUCACUCCACACUUUAGUUCUUGAAUGGCUGAGAAAUAAAUUUAGUUUGUUUCUUUGA